CAGCCGGGCAUCGGACUCGGUGCACCUCCCUGGUGCGCGCUUCUCCGCGCGCGGCCCCGAUGCUGGACAUGAGCGAGACCCGCGCCCAGCCGCCCUGCAGCCCAUCUGGCACUGCUAGCUCCAUGUCGCACGUGGAGGACUCAGACUCGGACGCGCCGCCGUCGCCUGCCGGUUCCGAGGGUCUGGGCCGUGCGGCGGGCGCGGGGGGCGGCGGCCGGGGCGACGCGGCCGAGGCGGCGGACGAGCGCUUCCCCGCCUGCAUCCGCGACGCCGUGUCGCAGGUGCUCAAGGGCUACGACUGGAGCCUGGUGCCCAUGCCGGUGCGAGGCGGCGGCGGCGGUGCGCUCAAGGCCAAGCCGCACGUGAAGCGGCCCAUGAACGCCUUCAUGGUGUGGGCGCAAGCAGCGCGCCGCAAGCUGGCGGAUCAGUACCCGCACCUGCACAACGCGGAACUCAGCAAGACGCUGGGCAAGCUGUGGCGCUUGCUGAGUGAGAGUGAGAAGCGCCCCUUCGUGGAGGAGGCAGAGAGGCUGCGGGUCCAGCACAAGAAGGACCACCCAGAUUACAAGUACCAGCCACGCCGGAGGAAGAGUGUGAAGACUGGCCAGAGCGACUCAGACUCAGGCGCCGAGCUGGGCCACCACCCGGGCGGUGCUGUCUACAAGACUGACGCCGGCCUCGGUGACGCACACCACCACGGUGACCACACAGGGCAGACCCAUGGGCCGCCCACCCCCCCCCCCCCCCCCAAGACUGACCUGCACCACGGGGGCAAGCAGGAGCUGAAGCUGGAAGGCCGCCGCCUGGUGGACAGCGGGCGCCAGAACAUCGACUUCAGCAACGUGGACAUCUCUGAGCUGAGCAGUGAGGUCAUCGGAAACAUGGACACCUUUGACGUCCACGAGUUCGACCAGUACCUGCCCCUCAACGGCCACUCGGCCUUGCCCACAGAGCCAGGCCAGCCCGCGGCCGCCAGCUCCUAUGGAGGCACCACCUACUCGCACUCCGGGGCGGCUGGCAUCGGGGCGUCCCCUGUGUGGGCCCACAAGGGAGCCCCAUCGGCCUCUGCGUCGCCCACUGAGGCAGGGCCCCCGAGGCCGCACAUCAAGACGGAGCAGCUGAGCCCCGGCCACUACAGCGACCAGUCGCACGGCUCUCCGGGGCACACCGACUACGGCUCCUAUAGCGCUCAGGCCAGUGUCACCACGGCCGCCUCCGCCGCGGCCGCCAGCUCCUUCACCAGCUCACAGUGCGACUACACCGACCUGCAGGCCCCCAACUACUAUGGCCCAUACCCCGGCUACCCGUCCGGCCUCUACCAGUACCCCUACUUCCACUCGCCCCGCCGACCCUACGCCUCGCCCCUGCUCGGUGGCCUCUCCGUGCCGCCCGCCCACAGCCCCCCCAGUAACUGGGAGCAGCCCGUGUACACCACCCUGACCAGACCCUGAGGGUGCGGCCGCGUGGACGGGCUGCGGCCGAGGACAACCUUGAUCUCGGCAAAGAUAGAUAGACCUCCGAGGGCUUCCAGAAGGUGUGUGACGUGGGGAGGAGCCGCGGCUCCGUCAAGUGCCUGCUGAGGUACGCGGGAAGCCAGGCUUUGUAAACGAGUCCCCUCUGCUUCCAGACUUCCAAACUCCUGUCCAUGGACAAAGCCCUCCUUCCCUUCUCGCUCUCUUUUUGCGGGGACUGCGACUCUGACGGACAGUCACUGGGUCCCUCUUCCGAGCAGACGCCAGCGUCUGGGUUUUGCACCUCAGUGUCUGCAAAGCAGCAGCCACAGCACAAAGGACAAAAGGAGGGAAGAGGUGUGGGGUCUCCAGGCCGCCCGUGUUCCAAGGUCCUGGCCACCCUUGGCGCUGAGAACUCCCCGAGACCAAUGGAUGACGUUCCUGAGGCUGGUCAUCACCCGUCACCCACAGCCUGGCGGGGAUGUGUCCGCGGGAGCACCUCUUGGGACCAGCUCAUUAGACCUGAGGUGUUCCUUGUAGUUAGGGUUCUUCCGAGCAAGGUUUGGCUGUGAUUAACACUUCUCUCUUUUUAUUUUAUUUUUUUAAUUUUUAUUUUUGAAGCUUCAAUGUGUUUGAUUUGUUUUGAAAGCUGUUAAAAUGUAUUUAUGUUCUGUAUUAUUUUAUCUUUAAUUAAUGAAGUAAUCUGUGCAGAGAGCAGAAUUUAAGACAAAACGGAAGCCGCAGAGCUGAGGGUGAG